CUUCAGCCCUGCUGUCCAUCUCAUUCGCUGAGCAGGUCCGUGAAUUGUCAGCGUGCUCCAGGCAGCUGUUGAGCCGGGGCGGCCGCCAGGUUUGUGCUCCCUCAGAGGUGCCUGCCGGAGCCAAUGUGCCCCGGUGGGCUAGGGCGAGAGCUGUCGCCGGUUCCGGGCAACUUGGGAUUCAGGACCCGCAGCAGGGGCGUCGGUUUGCCAUCUGGACUCGUCGACUAGGAUGGAAAUCCUGUAUGAAUGUGGAAGCCAUUAGCAGAGUAAUUGCCGUCCGUUACCAUGACAACCAGCCGCUGCAGUCACCUGCCCGAAGUGCUGCCAGACUGCACCAGUUCAGCUGCACCCGUGGUGAAGACCGUGGAGGACUGUGGCAGCCUAGUGAAUGGGCAGCCGCAGUAUGUCAUGCAAGUUUCAGCCAAGGACGGGCAGCUGCUGUCAACAGUAGUGCGGACUCUUGCCACCCAGAGCCCCUUCAAUGACCGGCCAAUGUGCAGGAUCUGCCACGAGGGCAGCAGCCAAGAGGACUUGCUCUCUCCAUGUGAAUGUACAGGGACCCUGGGGACAAUUCAUCGGAGCUGCCUGGAGCACUGGCUGUCAUCCUCAAACACCAACUACUGUGAACUCUGCCACUUCAGGUUUGCAGUCGAGCGCAAACCCAGGCCGUUAGUGGAGUGGCUCAGAAAUCCAGGCCCCCAGCACGAGAAGCGGACUCUGUUUGGAGACAUGGUGUGCUUCUUGUUCAUCACUCCUCUGGCCACCAUCUCGGGCUGGCUCUGCCUACGGGGCGCCGUGGACCACCUGCACUUUAGCAGUCGGCUCGAAGCCGUCGGACUAAUUGCACUCACUGUCGCACUCUUCACUAUUUACCUCUUUUGGACACUAGUGUCAUUUAGGUACCACUGUCGAUUGUACAAUGAAUGGCGUCGGACCAAUCAGAGGGUGAUUCUCCUCAUUCCAAAGUCUGUCAACGUCCCUUCUAACCAGAAGUCCUUGCUGGGCCUCCACUCUGUCAAGAGGAACUCAAAGGAGACGAUUGUUUGAUGUUCGUGUGUUUGGUUGGUUGCUUUGUCAUUUGGGGUUUGGAAGUUUCUGCACUGGGGCCAUGCACUGAGCCACCCCGAGACCCUUCCUCGAGCCCGUGGGUCGAAGAACAUCUAGAGCCAUGUUAUCACGUCGCCCUGAGCAACAGACUCUGCCUGAAGAAAGCAAAUCGCUCUCUGACUUCAAAUCAUGGAUGCUGCAAUCAUAUGAUAUUUGCUAAGCUGCCAAACAUGUUUAUUUAGCAGAUACUGUAUGGAAUUUUCUGAACACCUCUUUAACAUAUGAGGAAGGUUGUCCUGCUAAGGAUGCAAUUCAAUUCUUCCUUUUUUAUUACUAUUUCAAAUAUAUAUAUAUAGAUAUAUAUAUAUAUUAAACUUAGAUGAUAAUCGAAGUUGAAAAGCCAAUGUUAAAACUGAUUUCAUGGUUGGUUUGGAUGGGUUUUGUUUGGGUUCGUUGGUUUGUUUCCCAGUUUCUACUGUAGAUUCUUUGGGGUAAUUUGAUAGCUUGAGUGGUCUUUUCCAUCUCUUCCAUGUCCCUUACUCAAGGGGACACCGUAACAGCUGCAGGACAAGUCAUAUUUGAAGGAUGUUUUGUACUAAACUUCAUUUAAUUAUUCAGUUUUUAAAGGAAAAACAAGAGUGGCAACUCUCCCCACAGUGAACUGUUUAUUUAAAUUUCAUUAAGGAGAAAAACAAUUUAUGGUGAGAAGCACGCUCCUUUCAACUUGUUUGGUAAUGACAGCUGAUAGAAGCUAUUUUCUAAUAAUAAAUAUCCAGUGUGUGAAAGACAAA